AUGAAUGCUACAGAAGUAUUUAUAGAUGGCUGAGCAGCUUACAGACAGCUUCCAACAUUAGAAUAUCACCAUUCAAUUGUUUUUCAUAAUCAAGACUUUGGAAUUGGAAGGCAAACAACUAAUCGUAUUGGAAACAUUUGGAGCAGGCUAAAAAGACUAAAGGCUUAUAGAAAUGGUUUUCGCCCAAAAAAUGAAAAAAAUUUGGAUAAUUACUGUAUGUUUUUUUAUUGGCUUCUCAAACUAAAAAAUAUACCAGAAAGAAUAGACUCAUUGAUACAAGUUUUUAAAUAUCUCUAA